AUGAGUGCUGGGUGGGGAAGCGGAUUUUCACCCCGUGAUCACGUAAUACCCGGCCAAAAUGUAGCACUAGAAGCCGCUGAGGCCCUGAGCAACCGUAGCAACAAUGCUUUGGACACUUGGGGCUCUCACCCCUCGCGAGUGGGCGACGGUGGCGAGCAGCCCGGGUGGGUCUCCGAAAUCAAAAGAGAGCCUCGGAGGAGUUGCAUUGUCUCAACUGGAUCUCCCAGGAAAGCGGGGUCUCAGCAUGUUCAGAUUGGCUUUGGAGAAGAUCUAGGCUCCAAGAGUGGGGAAUCGAGGAGAUCAAGUAUACCCGAGUGCUUUCAGGCCACCAUGAAUCGGGCCAUGUCGCAUGUGAAGUUUGCGAGGGGGCGCUCACGUCGUUCUACAUUCCCGCGGGACUCCGUGCUUGCAUCUAUUCCAACUUUUGAUAUAAGAGAACGUAUGACGCCUGGAACAGCACGGGAGCUGAGACGUAUUUAUCAGCUGGAAGAGCCGGUGGACGAAGCUGUUUGGUCCUACCUCUCUUGGGUUGCAAGGAGUGAGGGGGUAGCCAUGUGUGUUAUUGCCCUAUGGACUAUUUGGUUCUCGGCUUUUUUUGUAGCGUUCUGCCGUGCGUAUCCCUUCUCGCAGACGCUGCUGUACAUAGACGUGGUUCUUGACUUAAUUUACUUAGUCGGCGUUGGCUUGGAAUUAAACAUUAGCGUUAUAGACAGGGAGCGCAGGACGGAAAUCCAACAUAGGGAAACCAUAAUCGACCUUCACUUACGCUCGGUUACGUUCUACUUUGAUAUUUUGUCAUGCCUCAUAUCGCCAUUCAUGUUUGGAGAGAGUCGACGUGAGAGCGCCAUUUUAUUGUUAAUGCUGGCGAAAUACGUCCGCUUGCACCGCACCAUUUGGUGGCCGCCUUGCACCGAUAGGAUUCGCCGUGUGCCUUGGUUCCAAGUAAUAUGGCUUAUUUUCAUUCUUGUCACCGUCAACCAUCUUGUUGGAUGCGUAUUUUUCAUGGUUGUUGAAGCUCAAGACCUCUGGGAGCGCCAUGUUGCGCUGCUUGACCCCCCCGUUGACGAAUAUGCAUUUAGCUACGCUUACGGCAUCAACUUUAUACACGGACAGAUAUCUAAAGCAGACAUUUUAUCGCCCGAAGAGCUCAUAUUGUAUUGCAUCGUCGCUCCCUUCGGCACCCUUAUUUCUGCCAUGGCCUUUGGGGAAAUCACGGUUUUCUACCAACGGUUAAACCUUCUUGAGGGGCAGCACUCCGACGAUAUGGCCUUCUCGACUGAAGCCAUGCGCAUAUUACGUGUCCCUGCAGAGAUGCAAAAGCGAGUGGAUCAAUACUUCCGGUAUGUCCACUCUAGCAGGGACACAUUUGCUCUAACAAAGCUCAUGAGUUCGUUAAAUGAACCUUUGUUGGAGGAAUUAAAACUGCAUCUGUACAAGGGUCUCCACUGUGACCCGGAGUUUACUAAGCAUGUCGUAAUGAGACUUGAAGACAAGAUCUACUCUCCAGGAGACUACAUCAUUCGCGCUGGGCAGGAAGGAGACUGCAUGUUCUUUAUUAUAAAAGGCUACGUAGAGGUUCUUUCCGCUGAAGGUGACGUCAUCAUGACUAAGUCUGGUGGAGAUUACUUUGGAGAGCUUGCCCUCCUAACAGUAGGCACCAAGCGAUCGGCGACAGUGAAAGCAAAAACAUUUACCGCAUUGGCGCGGCUCUCCGCUGAGCACUUUGACGAAGUACUUGUUCGAUUUCCUCACGAGUUAAGGAACGCAUUUAGAGGCUUUGAUUUGAUGGCUGGAGAAGACCUUGACUCAGCUUUUGAGCAAGCACAAAGACGUAUUCACUACCGAUACAGGCUUAUAAAAGGCCUCGAUCCACCUGACUUGCCAGAAGAGCGAAUCCAAGGGCAAGAAUGA